CAUCCCAUCUCUCUCACGUAACCUCAACACACAACAAACAAAACCGAACACAACUCUGAAACAAUCUCCCGUAUAAUCUCAUUGGUUCUCGAUCAUAUUCACAGAUCUUAAAAAAUAGAAGAAGAAAAUGGUGUUCCCAUUGAGAUUAAGGAGAAGAGGAGAGCACAAGAAGGAGAUAAUCCCGGUGACGGGCAUUUCCGAUAUUGAGAUCACGAUUCCGCCACAGUUUCAGUGUCCGAUCUCGUUCGAUCUCAUGAAAGAUCCCGUGAUCGUAGCUUCGGGGAUCACUUACGACCGCGAAAGCAUCGAGAAAUGGAUAGAAUCCGGCAAGAAGACGUGUCCGGUCACGAACACGGUCUUGGAAACGUUCGAUCAGAUUCCGAACCACGCGAUACGGAAGAUGAUUCAAGAUUGGUGCGUUGAGAUGGGAUCUUAUAAUGGUAUAGAGCGUAUCCCGACGCCACGUGUCCCGGUGACACCCCAUGAAGUCUCCGAGAUCUGUGGAAAGCUGUGGGCUGCGACAAGGCGUGGGGACCACACGAAGUGUGGAGAUCUUGUCGGGAGGAUCAAGAACUUGGGGAAGGAGAGCGAGAGGAACAAGAAGUGUUUGAGGGAAAACGGCGUCGGAUUUGUUCUCUGCGUUUGCUUCGACGCGUUUGCGGAGAGUGAAAACGCGUUUUUGCUCGAGGAGGUUUUGUCUGUGCUGACGUGGAUGCUUCCUGUUGGUUCAGAGGGUCAGACCAAAAUCGCGUCUGCGGCCUCGUUCCGUUGCAUGGUGGGGUUCUUGAGGAGCAUGGACGACUCCGUCCGACAAAACGCGGCGUUUUUGCUGAAAGAGCUUCUUGCGUCUGACGAAACGCACGCGUUCGUGUUAUCGGAGGUGGACGGAGUGGAGGAAGCGUUCGUGAAGUUGAUCCGGGACGCGGUUUCCGUUAGCUCGACGAAAUCGUCGUUGACAGCUAUCUACCACAUGAUCUCGAGCAAACCCAUGAUUGUCUCCAAGUUUCUAGAGACGGGUCUGGUGAAUCUGGCGGUGGAAAUGAUAGUGGAUGCGGAAAAGAGCGUUUGCGAGAAAGCUUUAGCGGUUCUUGACGUGAUUUGCGAAACACGAGAAGGGGGAGAGGAAGUAAGCAAAAACGCGUUGGUGAUGCCGUUGUUGGUGAAGAAGAUGCCGAAGAUCUCCGAGUUAGCGACGAUGAGUUCGGUGUCACUGAUGUGGAAGCUGUGCAAAAGGGGGAACGCAGCGACUGCGGUUGAAGAAGCGGUGCGACUGGGAGCGUUUCAGAAGCUGUUGGUGGUGUUGCAAGUAGGGUGCGGAGAAGGGACGAAGGAGAAAGUGACCGAGUUGCUGAAGAUGAUGAAUACGGCGAUGGGUAAAAUGGAAGAUGAUUGUGUUGAUUCUUCCAUGGAUUUCAAAUAUCUCAAGAAACCAUUUUGAUGUAAUCCACAAAAAAAAAACGAAAAAAUUAAUCGGUAGAAUUGUACAAAAAAAAAGUAGAAUUGUAAAAAAGGAAACCACAUUGAUUGAUUGCAAAGGAAACAUAUGAAUACACAAUUUUGUUUCA